CCUGACUCUACCGUACCCCAGUGAUGCAUCAAGCUUUACUUAUUCCCGAAGUCCUCCUGGAGAUAUUCGCUUAUAAUAUGAUACCAUCUACUGAAACAACAUCGACCCAGAAAUUGUUUGCAGCGCUUGCAAGGACAUGCAAAAUCUUCCACGAGCCUGCGAUGGAUUUGCUGUGGACUGAAAUCCAUGGAUUAGAACCACUGCUAGGCUGUGUAGCGAGGCUACAUCCACUGAUAUAUCAUAAUGGCACAAGGUGGGACGACUCGGACGAGCCCUGGGCGAAAGGUGUUGAGCCAUUAUCUGCCCGUGAGGUCCAUCAAUUUCUGCGUCACUCCUCCCGUAUACGCACAUUGGACAUACAAUCUGAUCAUCCACACCUUCUAUCUGUCAUCCCCGCCGAGGCAUGCGUAUUUCCGAGGCUAAAGUCAUUAAGUCUUUCCACCACAUAUUUGAACCUUUUUCUGCCUCACAUGCUGCACCGAUGUCAUCUAUUGAGCAUCGACAAGGGUCUCCAAUCUUUUGUGACACGUUGCAUUGCUCUGGAGCAUUUAUGCAUCUACACUCCCAUAAGUGAUGAUGGUGGCAGGACAGCGGAUGAACUGUCCCCCCUAUCCGAUAGGAUUCAUUGGUGCACGCGACCUGUGACUCUUUCUUGUCCAAUGCUCGACUUGGCAGCAUGGAAACACCUCUCCCACCUCCCUACCCUUCGCAAAUUGGAAAUUGAUCAAGGUUGUAAUGACCCUCCUUCGCUGCCAAAACAAGAUAUCGUGAAUUUAUCAUUCCUUAACAUCACAAGCCUUUCCUUUCGAGAGCUCUACGAUGCUGGAUACAUUAUCACAGUCUUGCGACACUCGCAAUUUCCCUUGCUGAAAGAAUUCAGGUUUGAAGCAAACUGUCUGUCUUCAGAAGAGACCGAGCAACUCUUUCAUGCUCUGUCCCACUGCAAAGCGUGUCAGACUCUAGAAGAAAUCUCGAUAUGUUCUUAUGACAAUGUAGUCGUGGAAAACGACGAAUUUGUGACACCAAUUCCGCAUUUCCUUUGCUUCACACAGCUCCGAACUCUGAAGCUUAUGUUUAAUAAUUUCUACAUCUACCUGGACAAUGAUAUGCUCUUGCAAGCUAUGUCUAGUUGGCCGCACAUCCGCACUCUGGAAAUCAUCGACUCUAUUCUUUCUUCCGAAGUCACCCUCCGUGGAUUAUUCACAGCGCUCGGUCUAUGUCCACAAUUGCAUACACUACAAAUUUCAAUCAAGAUUGCAACUAUCGACAUCGAUCCUGAUGCUGAGCCAAUACAACAUACUACCUCCCUACGAUCAUUGGAUUUGGAGUCAUCCGAUUAUCAAAUGGCAGAUGCUGAAACUAUCGCUCACAUCAUUUCCGCCUGGCUCCCUUGUGUCGACGAAGUUGAAAGCAUAUUUUGUUUUAUUUGGGGUAAAGUUAACAGGUGUCUUAAAUCUUUCAGAACGGCUACUGCGCCGCGUGUCGUGGGAGCCUCCUAGAAUACUAUUUGAGUUUGGAAUACUUUGAGUUCUUUCAUUCAUUUGUUAUCGUUGUCGUCG